GAUGCAGUUAAUUCAAAGCCUGGACUUCGGAGGAGUUUUGAAUUUUAGCUUCAUUUAUAUAAAACAAAAUUGUAGUAAUUCUGGUUACCAGCAACUACUAUAUCACAACAGCAUUCCCAAGGUUUCUCAGAUUUUUUUUUUUUAAUAAAAUUUGCCCAUGGAAUCGAAGCAAAGGGAGCAGAGGAGAAGGCAAAGUCGUGCCCUGUGACGGAUCUGGCCAUCUCUGCCUUCUGUCUAGUCAGCUCAUCCUGAUCUCGGAGCAAGUCCAACUCGUCAAUCCUUAUUCCUGUCCCUUCCCUUCCCUUUCUCGUUUCUUGGUCUCUCUUCUCAAUUCAAUUCACUGCUCCUUCCGUAUCUUUCUCAUAUUACUCUCUUUAAAGGAGGGAUCAACCAUCAAUGCAAUGGGGAAGGCCUCGAUAAUCAUGUAUGUGACCGCGGCAAUACUCCUCCUAUUGUUUCUCUCCUACUCCCCGAACAAGCACCCGAGCCAUCGCCAUCGCCGCCUCAAGCUUCGUUCCAACUUCACUUUCACCGCAUCUCCUCAUGUCUCCCAACACCAUGAGCACGUCGCUUUCGACCCAAUUGUCGCUGAGAUCGAACGCCGCCGUGAAGAGAAGCAAUGGGAAAAGCAGUACUUUGAGCAUUCUCACUCCGAAUUCGUACCGCACGACUCUGCCCCCGGGGAGGAGUCGCAGCCCGAGUGGGAGGAUUUCAUGGAUGCUGAAGACUAUUUGAAUGACGAGGACAAGUUCAAUGUUACCAAUAGGUUGAUUUUGCUCUUUCCCAAGAUUGAUGUGGACCCGGUUGACGGGUUCGUCAGUGAGCACGAGUUGACUGAAUGGAACUUGCAGCAGGCCGAGAGGGAGGUUUUGCAUCGGACGCAGAGAGAGAUGGAGAUUCAUGAUAAGAACCAUGAUGGAUUUGUUUCAUUUUCCGAGUACGAACCGCCUAAUUGGGUUCGCAAUGCAGAUAACAAUUCCUUCGGUUAUGAUAUGGGUUGGUGGAGAGAAGAGCAUUUUAAUGCUUCAGAUGCUGAUGGAGAUGGGCUUCUAAACUUAACUGAAUUCAACGACUUCCAGCAUCCAGCUGACAGCAAAAACCCGAAGCUACUUCAAUGGUUGUGCAAGGAGGAAGUGAGGGAGAGGGAUACAGACAGAGAUGGGAAGAUCAACUUCAAAGAAUUCUUUCAUGGGCUCUUUGAUUUAGUAAGAAACUAUGAUGAAGAAAGUCAUAACUCUUCGCAUCAUUCUGAUAAUUCAAUGGAUGGUCCAGCUAGAGUUUUGUUUGGUCAGCUUGACAAAGAUGGUGACGGGUACUUAUCAGAUGUUGAACUACUGCCUAUAAUUGGAAAAAUCCAUCCGUCUGAGCGUUAUUAUGCGAAGCAGCAAGCAGAUUAUAUCAUUUCUCAGGCAGAUGUUGACAAGGACGGGCGCCUUACGUUGACUGAGAUGAUUGAGAACCCAUACGUAUUUUAUAGUGCUAUUUUCGAAGAUGAUGAAGAUGAGGAUGAUUUCCAUGAUGAGUUCCGUUAAGUUCAUUUUAGGAUACACAAUUUUUUUCCCCUAUGGGGAAUCAUUUUGAACUUGUCCCCUCCGAUCCGGUGGCAACAUGUUUGCUUCAUCCCUUUCUUAUCUUCGGGGACUUCGUGGUUGUUGGCGGAAGUCACAUUGGAUCUGUUAGAUGAUUGUAGUAAUGUCAACUUGAUAUAAAAAUUUGUCGAUUUUCACAUCACUGAUUGAAUUACAGCACACGAAAAUCUGAUCCCUUUGUCAAUGGAUAAUGUAUGUACCAUAUUAAGUAUUGCGCCCUCCUGAUCUGAUCAAAGUAGCAGUAUCAUUUUUCUGGCUCCAA